UGGCGCUGCCCCGCCGUGACGGGCGCCCCGCCGCGCCCACGCACCUUCCACACCUCCUCGGCCCUGCUCGGCCAGCGCCUCUACGUGUUCGGCGGCGGCGAGCGCGGCGCGGAGCCCGUGCGCGACCGGCAGCUCCACGUCUUCGACACAGCCACCUUGACCUGGUCCCAGCCAGAGGUCCAUGGUGAUCCCCCUUCUCCUCGGCAUGGACAUGCGGUGGUUGCAGUUGGGACCAAACUUUUCAUACAUGGAGGUCUAGCUGGUGAUAUUUUUUACAAUGAUCUGUUCUGCAUUGACAUAAAUGACAUGAAGUGGGUUAAGAUAUCAGCCACGGGCGACGUCCCAGGAGGACGGGCAGCUCACUCGUCCACUGUGUUCAAAGACCACCUGUACAUUUUYGGUGGGAUAGAUCCAACCGGGGCGCUAGAUACUACGUACAAGUAUCACAUCGAACAGCAGCAGUGGACGCUGCUGCAGUUCGAGUCGCCGCUGCCCGCCGCGAGGCUGGACCAUUCCAUGUGUGUCAUUCCCUGGCACACUCGUGCCAGCUGUGACGAUGCGGAUGAAGAUGCCAUAGGGAAGGAAGCAAUGGCCAGCGACACAGCUGAGCUGCUGCAGAGCCCCGAGGAGGAGGCGGCUGCAGCGGAGCCCCCGCUGCACCUGCUCUUCGUGUUYGGAGGGAUGAGCGCCCAAGGGGAGAUGUACAGCGACUGCAUCGUGAGCCUCAUCGAGUAGCAYACGCGGGAGCCCCACUGCAGCAGCCACUUCUUCCAGCCCCUUCCAGGCCGUAACUGGCAUUUCCAAUAAACAUUCCGCUCCGCUGGGGCUGGUCCUGACACCUUC